GUGGCAGAUAAAAGCUUAGAGGAGGUGCGCGCCCUCUACCAAAAGGUCCACACACUUGUAAUUGAUAAUGAGCUACUUCGCAACAAGAAUGACAGGCUUAGUAAGUCUCUUACAAUUAAGAAGAAGCAGGAUAAGAAGAGUAAAGCUCUU